UUCUCAAGACGUGUUCUUCUUCGUAUAACACUUACCAGAAUCUUUACAAAAAAAACAAUCACAUUGUUGUUUUCUCAUUACUACAAAACGUGUGAAUAUUAUGAACCUAAAUAUCAUAUUAAUUGCAUGCAUGGUUAGAAUAAUACAUAAAUGAAUGAAUGUCUUCGUCUACCUCUUCUUCACGUUCAUCUGAAAUGACCAAAGCUAAUAACCAUAGCAACAUUUCUCUGAGCCCUAUCCACCCAACCACCACUGCAACUAAUUCAUCUCCUGACACUCCUAAUGUCAAGAAUGAAAAAAAGAAAAAGUCUAUCUUGCCCAAGAUUUUUGGAUCAAGGCGAAACGGGAGAGGCUCCGAUGAAGAUGCACUCAAAUCUAAUCCAGAAGGAGAUUCAGUUUCAGUUAGUUUUGAUUUGGAGAAGAAGAUUGAAAACAAGAAAAAAGCUUUCCUUGAAGCUUCUCCCAUGAUGAGAAAGAGUUUCUCAGAAAGGGAAACUAGCCCUGGAAUUGAAGGCUUAAAUUUAUGCACUUUUGAACAACGGCCGAAGCCUCCGGAACACGAACUUCAGAGUUUCAGGGUCUUUGUUGCAACAUGGAAUGUAGGAGGAAAGUCUCCAAGCUAUGAUCUCAACCUUCAAGAUUUCUUGCUGGUGGAGGGUUCUGCAGAUAUAUAUAUCUUAGGGUUUCAGGAAAUUGUUCCUCUAAGUGCUGGAAAUGUUCUCGUAAUUGAAGACAAUGAACCAGCUGCAAAGUGGUUAGCAUUGAUAAGUCAAGCACUAAACACGCCAAAAAACGAAUUAAGUGAUUCAUCCGAUUCAGGAACUGGAUCGAAAUCAAAGGAAUCAAAGUCGCCGGCAAGUCUAAAUUUCUUUCAGAAGCCUUCUCUUAAAGCUAUCAGUAGAAAUUUCAGGGCAGAAGGAAGCAGCCUGCUUAAGGCAUGCAAUUGUCCUGUGGAAUCUCCGUUAAGAGAGCGGCGGAGGGUUAGAAAGUUUAGUGAACCUAUGACUAAGUUAGAAACGCAGAUUCGCGGCGAGAGCAGCAUGGACGAGUUGUUUUCAAUUGCAGAAAUACCAACUACUCCUGGCCAAUCUAAAUACUCCCUUAUAUCAAGUAAACAAAUGGUUGGGAUUUUUCUUACCAUAUGGACAAAGAAAGAGUUAGUACCUCACAUUGCUCAUCUUAGAGUAGACUCUGUAGGGAGAGGAAUCAUGGGUUGCUUAGGUAACAAGGGGUGUAUAUCGAUGAGUAUGUCAUUGCAUCAAACAAGCUUUUGUUUCGUAUGUAGUCACUUGGCUUCUGGCGAGAAAGAAGGCGAUGAGGUGAGGAGGAAUUCUGAUGUAGCUGAGAUACUCAAAGGCAUACAAUUCCCUAGGAUUUGUAAGAAUCCUUGUCGCCGAGCACCAGAAAAGAUAGUCGAUCACGAUCGAAUAAUAUGGCUCGGAGAUUUGAAUUAUAGGGUGGCUUUGAGUUAUGAAGAAACAAGGGUUCUAUUGGAGGAUAAUGAUUGGGACACUUUGUUAGAGAAAGAUCAAUUGAACAUAGAAAAAGAAGCAGGAAGAGUUUUCAGUGGUUUCAAAGAGGGAAGAAUAGUCUUUGCACCAACUUACAAGUAUUCACAAAAUUCAGACUCUUAUGCUGGCGAGACUGUUAAAUCAAAGAAGAAACGUCGAACGCCAGCAUGGUGCGAUAGGAUACUGUGGCGUGGCAGCCGCAUCGAUCAAGUAUCAUACAUUCGUGGAGAAUCAAGAUUUUCUGACCAUAGACCUGUUUGUGCUGUCUUUUCUGUGGGUGUGGAAGUAAGAAGCAGAAACAAUAAAUUCAGAAAGGGCUAUUCUUAUACAAGCCCGAGACUCGAAUAUGAAGACUUGAUACCUCAAAGGCAUAGUUUCUAUGAUUAAUAAUCCAAUCCUCAAAUCAAUCUUGUAUAUUUUUCUCUAGUGUCUAUAUAGAAGAAUGAUGA